AUGGCUCGGCGACCAUCUACAGUGUCGGUCGCAUCGUUUGGUUCGAUCAAGAGCCUUGCAGAAUUGUCCCAUUUAACUUCAGUAUCAACAUUCGCGCCGUCUCCUUCAGCACUGAAGUUCCCUCGUUCAGUCCCAUCCACUCAUUCCUCGAGCGUGCAAUCCACCAGGGUACAAGAUGAGACCACAGACAUAGACCCAGAUGAACUGUUCGCGAAAUGUACUAUUCCUGAGGUUAAGGCGAAACAAGUUCAGCUAAGAUCGGACGCUGAAGCCAAGCAGGAGGAGCUUCGUGUUAUGGUCGGGGAACGGUAUCGCGAUCUCCUACAAGCCUCAACGUCCAUAAUCUCCAUGUCAAAGUCCGCAAAGCGUGUACAAGAGGCAUUCCAAGAAACUAAAGAUGCUAUUGCGUCUCGGCAACAGCCAUCCAGGGAAGAUCGUACAUCGAAUGUAGGCAAGGAAGACUCGCAUUUGCACACAUUACAAGUGCUCUCUGCCCACAUAAAGUUACUUCUUGAUGCCCCAGAACAUCUAUGGCGGCUUAUUGAAAGAGAAAAGUAUUUCCAUGCCACCUGGUUAUUCAUGCUGGCACGCGUCGUGCACCGGGCACUUUCUCGUGACGAUGACCAAGAUGAGGAUAGUUGGUUAAACCAAGGCGUAAAUGUCGUGGAGCAAUUUCCACUCAUCCAGCGACAGUGGGAGACUAUAUCUCAUUUUCGCUCUCAGAUUGUCCAUAGAGCCACAUUAUCUCUGAGAACACACGAGAAGUCACCCGAGGACACCUGCGCAACCAUUCUGACUCUCCAUAUCCUCGAGUCAAGACCUUUGACAGACACUUUGACGACGUAUCUCUCCCAAAGAACGCGGACCAUGCAUACACUGGUUUCCAGAAACCCAAUUAUCAUGACAACUGCAAUCCCCAAUGGCGUUCCUACAAUACAGACGAACGGUCAUCCUCUGGGAGCUUCCAAGCUGGCGCAACUUCAAGAAGUGAAGUCCUCACUGCUAAUUCUUGUCGAGGUGGUAUCAAGGACCGUAAAUUGUGCUCGACACGUAUUCCAAAGUCGGAGACCCACGCAGCCAGCCCUGGCAAUCCGCGUACUGGAGCAGAUGCAUACUGAAUCGCCCGCCGUGUCUGACCCAGAGGCUACACUUCCUUCUGAACUGGCUUUGAGUACCCAGACGAUUCUUUCUGGACUUCCGUCGUCGUCAUACAAACCUUAUGUUGAGUUAUCUUCCGCUUCGUCUUCCGUACCAGAAAACUUUCUGGAGGAUAAACUACAAACUUGGUUUGAGCAGUCCUGCUCUACACUUCAGGAUUAUUUGGACCGCCAGCUGCUGGAGUUGGACAGUGUGAGAAGCAUCUGGAAUGUCAGGUCCUCCUUGCGCAAAUGGCUGCUCACAUCGGGACGGCACUCAAUACUUUAUUUCGAAGAAGCUGUCAGGAAACGAGUUGCUGCUAUAUGGACCGAUACCAUUAACGAGGCGAAAGAGCUGUUCUUGAAGGCGUUGUCUUCACUUACUCCAAGUAGUGAGGUUGUUACUGAAGAGUUUUCUCCUCUAAACAGCAUAUAUGUGCCCCAAUCUGUUCCACCCCCGCCCCUAACAGGAAGUGGACCUUCAGCGUACGAACUCCCGUACCGAACAUAUAGAACGGCUUUGCAAUCACAACUUCGUGGUCGGACACCUCGCCUGCAGGCUUUUUUAAACAUUCUGGAGGAAUCUGCAGCUUCACUGCAAAAAGACUACGCCCGUAUUAGUUUGGACCAGAGCAGCAAGAGGUUGGUCCGCAAUCUAGUUGAGGCAUAUCUCCCAGAGGCGAAGGCUUUUUGUUCUAUGAUCGCCGUCGUUCUUGCUUCGACUACUGAUGAGUUGAUGAACCAGUCAGACACCGCUAGGGCGAUGAGAAAUAUGAUCUUCCUUAGUCGAGUGGCGGUCGAAAUAUCAUUGACAUCGCCUUUCCUUCACAAUAUAGGUUGUGAUGAAUUGUUGCACUGCCUGAGUUGUUUAGAAUUUCGAGACAAAACCGGUUUGCUAUUUAACCGGAUCAUCAACCGGUGGAAGGAGCACACUAUUUCUUCUGUCAUCUCAGUAUAUGACAACGCGAAAUUUCAUUUAAUACUUUCUGGUCUGUACUCUGUUUGCCUUGCAAAACAUUUUUCUGACACUGUCCACAUACCUGUAACAGGGCCAUCACCAGCCCUGAUGGAAAGCCUACAUACUUUAUCGAAUUCCUUGCACAGCUUGGGUCUCACGCACCAUCCAUCACAACUCACCAGCAUAGCGUCAUCACUCCUUAGCCUAUUUGUCGACACAUUCACCCGUGAUAUGCCGAACGGCGAUACAGAUCGGAAUGUGCAGAUAUUAAAUGAUGCAACCUUCCUACGAUGUCUUGCGUCAGCCUGGCCUUCCGAGGCACUCGAGACAUCUUCACUUGACAAACUAUCGCCGCGUUGCAGUCGGAAGUAUGUUCAGUCUUCAAGCCAUCUACAGCCCGAUCCAGAACAAGCUGCCAAGGAAUACUUGAUGAGGACUCAAAUGUUACUUUCAGCGCUUCUUCCGCCUUCCUCUUCAAUGCAACCCGCAAAGGAAGGUGCAGAUAAGACGAGUGCACUACUGACCUAUGGUGUGCCUGGGGCAGACACUACAUUUUUGUCAGCUGUGGAGCUUGUCAAGGUUUCUACUCGGUUCCCUUUACUGCUGGUAGAGACUCGAUAG